AUGUCCUCCACCGCCAUUGAGAUGGAUAGCAUCAAAAACUCUUCGUCUGUCCAGACCGCCAGUUCGUUCGAGCACCAGAUCGAGGAUGCCGAAGAUGCAGCGACAAACGAGGCAACAAAGGGCGGCACCAAGGACGACGAUUAUGAUAUGCGUCGUAUGGGAAAGGCCCAAGAGCUUAGAGUCAGUCUUGAACUCUUUGAACAUCGAAUGUCAUACUCAUGA